AUGUCACUUUUAAAGGUUGAUGAUUCAACUGUUUAACAUAAUAAUGGCUAGUCAAGUGCUAGUCCAAAUAAUUGUACGUUGACGGAUUUUUUUUAGAUUUUUGAUAUGGCAAAUCCUUCACGUACAAAUUGUUUAGUAUCAAAAGUGGGUAUUUGUUCCGAUCAGGAUUCCGGGUUAAAGCAUAUAGCGUCUAUAAAAUAUCAUAAAAACAAGAAAUAUUACCAGAUAAUGUUAUUUUAUAUUAGUUCCGUACACAAAAAAUAAAUAUCCAACUUAUAAUUAUGAGUUUGACGGCUUUUUUUCAUUUCAUUCUGUCAAAACAUAACGAUAUGUUGUGACGACGCUUUGUCACUUAGUUGUAUGUAACCCGGCCGACUAUAAGGAGGCGUUUUGUAGAGCCUUACGGUGCGAUCGAAAGACUGCGCAUGCGCUCUCUUUGGAUGCAGCCCGCGAAGACACAAGACGUUGCAAAAAGUGCUCUGUGUUCUUAGAGAAAAUAAGAGUGUUUUGGUGUGGUUUGAAGGGGCCCUACGUAGUAAUAAAGGGUAUUUAGGACUAGUAGAGCCGGCAUACUCACUAAACACUUUAGUGGUGUCAGAAAAAUUAACGAAACUUCGUCUGGAAAAUUACAUAAUUUUGACCGGAAGUCGCAUGGUUUAGGUCCAGCGAAAAUUAGGACUAUUUUGUUCAGUAUUUUUUACUAACAAACUGUGUUGGACUGUAGACUUGUUGUAGUAUUUUUUACUAGCAAGUGUGUAUUUUGUUGAAAUUUAACCUGGCUUAGUAUUUUUUACAAGUAGGUGUAAAUUGAGGCCUGUUCACUUAGUUUUAGUAUUUUUUACUAGCAAGUGUUAGGGUUUAUAGUGCAAGGAGUCGCAGAUUCAGGCAAGAAAGACCUCAUUAGACGAAAAAGAUCAACAGAGAGGAUGGCUGACAGCAAGAUCGUUCGGGAGGUGAAAGACCUUCUUGAGAAAGGCCGCUACUAUGAGCCUGCAGACAAAUUGGUGUCACGCCUCAGCUUGGCACUCUGCAAGGAAGGGGACCAAGAUCUUCUGAAAAGCCUGAUAAAGGCGACGUGUGAUCUGGCUCGUAGUACGGGACGAGGAAAAGGAAAGGGGUUGAAUUUCUGUAAAAAAGUGGCCAAUGAACUGAACAUCCUGGAAGUCGUGGACAGGGAGUGGAUAGUAACCAAUAUCCACAAACUUCCACCCAUCAAAGUGACCAAGGAACAGAUCUAUGAGCCGCUGAAGCAAACAAAAGACUUCAGGCUGGAAAUUGACCCCCAGAUUGAAAAAGUGGUCAGCGAUGCCGGAAAAGGGGCUGAGUGUGAAGAAAUGGAGGUGGAGUUUGAAUUGGACUUGUCCGCACAUUCAUCUCUACUAAAUACUCCGGAAGGGGAAAAGGGUAGAUCACCACGAAUAUCCCCCGUAAAGAUUGUGGUAUCCCCUGCAGUAAUAAGGAUUUCCCCUGUUAAGGCUCAACUGCCUGAACAAAUUAGCCGGAAGACAAGAAGAGAUGAACAGCAACCAUCCACUUCAGAAGAUCAACAUCAGCCCAGUGCAGGAAACGGGAAAAGGUUGAAGAGAGCUUCUUGCUCUAACAACCCAGAGGAGAGGAGAGUUUUUUACUCUGAAGAGGCUGGAGGGAGUGGACGUCUGACUAUAUCAAAGGGAGUUUCUUACUCUACUGAUAAGUCAGUAAGUAAAACUAAUAUGGUUCCACUCAACCAGGACACUUUAGCAUCUGGAGGAGCAAUGGAGGGCGUGGCCUUGCAUUACGGGUAUAAAAGAACCCGCACAUGUAUCAUACCAGGCUGUGGAGGUAAUACAAGGUACCCCAAAGUUCAUGCCUUCCGGGAACAUGUCCCAAGCAUUUUUGAUGAGCGCCUGCCCCCCGAUGAUGAGGAGGUUCUGGAAAGAAGAAAGCGGGCAUUGGUUCUCAUGACGACCUGGAUGCUUGGGAGACCAGGGACUUUAGAUGAGUUGGCCGAGUGUCUCCGGAUGCAGAGAGUGUUGGAGUUGGCAGAUAAUGUCUCUGUUUCGGACAGAUUAAAGUUGCAUAUGGAGGCUUUUUGCCGAUAUGUUGGACAUGCGAUUCCCGCCAAGUUUACAGUGUGCCCACUCAAUUCUAUUGGGGCGGUGCUUCACUAUAAAGCAUUGAUGAUAAUCUUGGCGACGUUCGAUCAGGAACAGCAGACUUAUCUGAGAACCAUUUUUGACGGGCCAGCAGAUUUGAUGAGGGAUCCUCUGCCAAUUGCCUAUGAUGCACACUUUCAUCUAGACAGGUUGAAGACCAAGUUGAGUCUGCCAAAUUGUGCUACGUUGGAGGCCAUCUGGUCUAAAGCAGAAGUAUUGCCCGACAUGGAAAUAGACCUCAUCGGAUCUUGUGCAAGCUUCUGUGAUCCCAAGACGUGGCCAACAAACAGACAGCUUCAGGAUCUUCCCGGGAGUUUGGCAGUGGCGGUAGGGAUCCAUCCAAGGCACGCCAGCAACCACCAAUAUGCACGAGAGUCUUCGGAUCUCAAAAGAUUGGAAGUUCUUCUGCGCCAGAAAAGGGUUGUUGCGCUGGGAGAGAUUGGUGUGGACCAUUCGGAGAUGCCGCAUCAUUGGCACCAUCAAUUGGAGCUGCUGGACGUCAUUUUGCCACUAGCUCAAGAGAAACAGACCGUUAUUUUCCACUGUAGGGGAAUGCAGAAUGAUGACGGGACGGAGGCGUAUCUGGUAUUGCUGCACUAUGCCAAGAAAUACCUGAACAAGGACCACCCAGUGUAUCUCCACUGCUUUACUGGAGACAGUUACGUCCUCGAAAAGUGGCAACAUGCAUUCACCCACCUGUAUUGUGGUUUCACAGCGAUGGCCAAAAGUUUCAACGAAGACCAGAAACAAGCCAUGAAGAAGGUCCCGCUGACUUCCAUGUUGUUGGAGACGGAUGCCCCAUACUUUCCACCCGAAGGAGAAAGGAUCUCGGCUCCAAAUCAGCUGUACCGUACCGCAAAGAUUGUGAGCCAUAUAUAUGGAAUGCCAGCGGCGGAACUACUCCAGGCUACAGCGGAAAAUGGAAGGAGUCUGUUUCGUGGGGAGAACUAGAGGCAAAGGGGUAAAUGGAACAAAGCUGAAAGAGAAAUUUGGUAUUUUUUACCAGUUCUCUGUUUUUAAAAUAAAAAAAUAUAUGAAAGUAACUUUUGUAAACCAAAAUUAAUUAAAGGGGAAAGAGAAAUAUGGUAUUUUUUACCAGUUCUCUGUUUUUAGGGGAAAAAUGGGAAAGAGAAAUAUGGUAUUUUUUACCAGUUCUCUGUUUUUAGGGAAAUAAAAUAAUAAAUGUUCCAUUUUCACCAGGAAAUGGUAUUAUUUACCAUUGAGACAGAAGUAGUAUUUUUUACUGCUAAAACACUAAUACUGAAGCUGAAGGCUGACCAAUACAAGAAUUUAUCUCUUGCAAUUUUUAGUCCCACUGUACAUCUCAAAAACAUUGUUAGGGGUCAUGAUAUAGAACGGUUAAGUUAAGGGGUUACCAUAUUAUCAUCAGUUAAAGGGGUAUCACGGUUAUGGUCCAUUAAGGUGGUUAGUCUAAGCUUUAGUCCAAUUUUGGUCAAAGGUGCAACUUGUCGGCAACAGGUUAAAGGGAGGUUACAUUUAGGCAGGUUAACUCUUCCCGUUGUACCCAGACUUUAAUUUAUAAAGUUGGGGGGAGUGUUGUGACGACGCUUUGUCACUUAGUUGUAUGUAACCCGGCCGACUAUAAGGAGGCGUUUUGUAGAGCCUUACGGUGCGAUCGAAAGACUGCGCAUGCGCUCUCUUUGGAUGCAGCCCGCGAAGACACAAGACGUUGCAAAAAGUGCUCUGUGUUCUUAGAGAAAAUAAGAGUGUUUUGGUGUGGUUUGAAGGGGCCCUACGUAGUAAUAAAGGGUAUUUAGGACUAGUAGAGCCGGCAUACUCACUAAACACUUUAGAUAUAUACAUGAAGGGCACCUGCAAGGAUUUAGGGCACAGUUUUAAAUCGCUCGGAACAUUUCGGCCAUGGCCGAGUUGUUACGAUUGUAUAACGAGGACUAUCUCGAAGCUUUUUCGGAGGAGGCCGAGCUAUUACGAUUGUAUCGAGUUGUUCCCCUUCGCAUAAUUGUUGUCUGUGUCAGUCAACUUUCGUUUUAUUCGAAAGGUAAACAACUUGUUUUAAUGCACUUAAUGCUUGUUUAGUGCAAAAUAACAUUUCACUUACAUGGUAAAAUAUGAAUAUAACUCUUUAUGAUCAAUUUCAACCAUAAAAUACUUCACUUAAAACAAUUUCAAUAUUUUUAAAACACCCCCGUUUUUUGCACAUUCCCGUUUAGACGUUAGGGAUUGGAAGAAUCCCGUAUAACACGUCUAUUAUUUUAGACUAGUCAAGUGCCAGUGUGUUGUCUGUUGUUGUGACAGUUGUCUACUAUUUAUUUAGAUCCGUUUCCCUUGUGUGGGGUUUCUGAGUUACAGAUAAGCUGCGUAUUUGCGUAAAUACGUAAUUAAAAUCAUAUAAAACGCAAUUGGUUUAAAACUCAAUGAGGAACAAAACGCAUAAGAAAAGACAGAAUAUGCAAUUGAUUUAAAUGAGAAGCGUAAUAAAAUAAAAAAUGAAAAUGGAAACUCGUUUCAUCUAAUUCGGCGAUUUCAAUUUGGUCAAUUGAUUUAACUCAGUUUAAAAUAGAUUAUGGUUUCUGUAAUUGGCCGAUCAUUUUUCGGAAGCAAGUUGCAUAGAAUCGAAUACCUCUUUGUUCGACUAAACACUUCAGUUGAUUGACAAGUGAAUACCAUGAUAUACAAUUAUUGACGGAUGCAGACGGAAACUCACUAGUUCAUAUGCAAGCUUUCCCACGAACAUGUUAAAGGCAUCGCAGGGUCAAUAAUUGAUCAGAUUGUUGAUGACAUGCAUAGUUGUUCUAGACAUUGUUAGUUAUACUAAGUGUUAAUUUGUUUUGAAAUUCUAGUUUAAUUUGUAAUGUGAACAAUACCCUAUACAGCAACUUUAAACACUCGGUUUCACUCUAUUUUAAUUAUUUAGUUGUUACCAGUUAUUGUUGCCAAUCACACUAAUCAAAGACAUUUGUUAAAUGUAUACUCAAUUAAAAUCAAAACAAUGGGGUAAUAGAAACUUGAAAUACUAAUUUAUAAUAUGAGCUACCCAUUUCUUUCAAGAGUGUUGAGUAAUACUCAAAUACAUUGGAAAACUUCUCUGUAACAUUGGAUGUAACUUUGGGUAAAAAUGUCUGAAAAUUUUAAAAAGGAUACUUCCAGAUCCUCUGUAUUAACGUAAACCAUGGCACAAACACCAGAGUGUAUGAUUCAGAGCCACAUUAUUUAUCACAAAAUGGGGCAUAUAUAACAACACAUUAUUACUAUUCAAUAUUAUAUUUGCACAUACUAGCAAAGCUUAGUCAGUCUUUGCCUAAUUUUUUUCAGCACUUGUCCUUUCGGGCAAGUAAUUGAAGAAACCCAUUUGCCCAAAAACAGUUUUACUUGCCCAAAACAACCAAUUCAUGCGUAAAUGUACGAAACCCAAUUUUCAAUAUAAUAAUAACAUUCAAUCAGUAUUUGUGAAUUGUUGCUGAAGAAAUUAUGAAAACAGAGGGAUCUAAAUUUGGGAUAAAUGCACUUGCCCGUUCGGGCAACCACCUGGGAAUUUUGACUUGCCCGAAACAGUAUUUACUUGUCCCGGGCUUCAGGCAACCCAGUUACGACGAAGACUGCUUAGUAUCCUUUAGGGUUAUAAUAAUGAGAAGAUUGAAAUCUGUACAUUAUACAAAAAUGUAUAACACUCGCUACAAACAAUUGAAACAUGAAUAAACUAGAUAUAAAUGUGAAUCAUACACCCGAUACACAUAUGCCCCUUUCUGUGGAUUUUUUUUUCAAAACUACAUCCAGCAAAUAUAAUCUGACAAAUAAGUCUGAAAGUAGCAGAAUUCAUCAAAACACACACACUGUCACUAAGUUGGCUUAAAAUGCCAGUACAGGACGGCAAAUUUUCAAUAACGUAUGUUUUGAUGCUGUUGAAGUCUUUCCUUAACCUACUGUUUUGACAGAUUUCUGUUACUGUCCAUGUAAACAGAUGUCAGGAGGGUUUAAGACUUUUGGUAUUAAACUAUUAUACCCCCUGUCAUGAACUUAGUGGAGAAAGCUUAGCAGUAAUUCUAAGCCAAUCAUUGGGAAAGAUGUUGGACCUCAGAAAAAUCUUGUAAAAUAUUAUGAGGUCUAUACUUUCAGAGAAUUUCAGUCCUCGUGUGCGACUAAGUUUCUGUCAGAUUUACCGCAAUGUUUACAGAUUCUUUUGUCUGGAUCAUUUUUCAGGCUGCGCAAUUGAAUCUUAUUCCAUCACAAUGGUUGCAAUUUGCACAAGACCGCAAAUUCUGGGUUUUAGACAGAAAGACUUGUUAAAAAAUGUUAUGCCAAGCACUAGAAUAUGAACUCAGGCUUGUUCAUCCAAAACAGGGCUUCCGUUAAAGGAAGUUUGGAAGUAUAUUACUCCCUAGAAAUGGGUUAAAACUUCCAAAAUUGAUUCCUUGGAAGUACAAAAACUUCCAUAAUUUUGAAGAAAACUUCUAAAGUUGAAAGCUUGGAAGUUCAAAAUAUCAAAACCUUUUGUCAAUAUUUCUUUUAUAGUCCUAAUUCAAUCAGUUUCAAGUGUUUUUAAGUAAAAUGAAUUAUGAUAAUACAAGUUAAAGUGCAAAUUAUUUGAUUUUAAAUAUAUUUGUGGAAAAAUAGUUGAAAAAGAUAUUGUAUUAUGGAGGCUUUAAAACUUCCAUAUUUCAGGGUAAAACUUACAAAAGUGAUUAACAGGAAAUUCAUACUUCCAGUUUCAAUUCCUUAAUGGAAGCCCUGAUUCCAAAAGUCUAAUUUAGAUGACUGCCAUCAUGCAUUGACACUGCAAAAUUUGGUAUUGAAUGACGUUAUGCGCUAUGAUUGAUAAUUCAUUUUCAAUUUUUUAUUGCCACACAGUUCCUUAAAUUCAAACACUUUAAUGUUCUUUAUUGCGUAUAUGUUGUGAUUUUUUUUUGAACUACUGUAAAAUUGUGUGAGGUUGUGAAACAUUGAUCAGGUUACAGGUUACCUGGAACAAUUUUCAACUUCCGCAAUGACGGUACUAAAGCAACAUGGACACAACUUUAUUGAACACCUUUCUUAGUUACAACUGAUAUCAGUCACUUCAAUGGCUUUCGGCGAAAUGUUUGAUAUAGAAAUAAUAAAUAUAUUAUGUAUACUUAUUACUAGGCAUGGAAAGCCUUACAGGUCCUAGCUUUUUAGUGCCUUCCUGUGAGGUGGUUUAUCUGCAAUGAAGGAAUCUUGAAAAUAAGUCAUUGUUUUACAAGCAAUGUCUUAUUAUGCUGGGAUAUAAACUAUGUUGUAUCUUGACAACUCUCAACUGUAUAUCCUGAGCCCAAAAAUAUUAAGUAGUUAAAUUGUUGUUAAAGCUUACCGGUAUAUUUCAUUGAGAUUUACAAACAGUUAUGUUUUUGUUAAUUUAAUAUUCCUUAUUGUUCUAUG